AAGCCAUCUUGCGCAACAGCCACCAAGAUACUUCUCGCAGAGAAUUUACCACACUUGGAGACAUUAUUCUGUAAUGGCCGAUCCUCUUUCGGUGUUAGGCCUCGGUGUUGGCGCCGCAUCGUUUAUCCUACAAAUUACGGAUGAGUGCAUCAAAAGAUACAAAUACUUCACAGAAGCUGUUCAUAUGUCAGAAUCGUACAGGUAUUUAAGGGUUCGAGUCCAGAUAGAGCAACAGAGAUUUCUUAGCUUUGCUCUAGAAGCCGGCCUUUUGCAUCAGGAGGGAAGGAUUUGCGAAACUCUUCAAGUCAACCACCUACUGCUGAAGGACGUUCUCAUUGAGAUCAAUUCUCUUUUCCAGAAAUAUGAACGGAAAAAUGGGCGCUAUGCGAAUAUUGUGGGCCAAAGAAACAUCUCUUGUAAUGAUAAAGGCGAACCUCAAACAAACCUCAUGGAAUUGCUCUGUGCCAAUUCAAUAGGCUCCAUCGGCAGCAAUGACCCAGUGGAAGAUAAGAGGCGCUUCUCACUAUCCAGGAGUUUUCGGAAAGUAGGAGAUCGGACAGCGAUAGCCGCACGAAAGCUACGAACGAUACUUAUAGAGCCUAAACGAUUGGUAUGGGUGAGCGUCGAUAAAGAAGCAUUUGAGACCCUUGUGGGAAAUCUUAAGGAUCUUAAUUCUUUUCUCAUAGGUCUCCUCGACACUUCACACAUUAGGAGACUGGAAAAUGAUGUUGAAAUGAACUAUUUAGAGCUUUUACAGCUCCGGAACGACGUUCAGAGUCUGAGAAUUUUGAUUCAAGCCCUGGAUCGAGACGCCAUGGGGUUUGAGAAAACGAUAGGCCCGAUUCCAGUCGAGUUAUCUCAAAAUCCACUGUCGGAAUCUACCAUUGUGGAGAGCAAUGUCGAUUAUCAAGAAAGAAGACAAGACAUUCGGAAACUAGCAAGACUCAAACUUCGUCAUAUGGAGAUUGACCAGUCACCAGAUCCAGGCACAUCAAUAUUCUACAAGUCUAUGGCCAUGUUUCUUGACAUUUCUCUAUUUGAUUUCUGCGCAGGUGUUCCUCUCAGAUACGAACAGGGGAGACGGUCGGUAGCUUCCUGGGACGAUCGAAACGUCUGGGUUGAAUGGAUUGAACAGUCACCACAUUGCCUUGAAGAGCAUCCAGCAGUUUCGUUGUCUGAGAAAAGGGUAUCAAUGCUCACAAGAUUGCUCCACGAGGAGAUACCACCAAAAUUUAGAGCUCCCAGGUGUUUAGGGUAUACUAAAUCCUCAACACGCAAUGGAGAAUCUAGCUUUGGCAUAGUAUUCGAAAGUCCAUCUGACAUAUACCCAGACUCAACUUUGAAGACGCUCCACCAGUUGUUAACUGAAGGCCCGAAACCUCCAAUAGCUACAAGAAUAUCCCUUUGCAGCACUCUGGCUGAUUGCCUUUUCAGUUUUCAUUCCGUAGAAUGGUUACACAAAGGCCUUAAGAGCAACAAUAUCUUGUUCUUUUGCGACGGGAAAAGCAACGCGAACAUCAGCAUGCCAUAUAUCACGGGAUACGACCUCUCGCGGCCAACAAAUGUACUUGAAAUGACGGCGAAGCCCCCAUUUGACCCAUGGUCCGACAUUUACCGGCAUCCUCAUGCGCAGUUUGGGGAAGCGAAGAACCAUUAUCGCAAGUCGUACGAUAUGUACAGCUUAGGUGUUAUGCUUAUAGAGAUAGCUAUAUGGAGUCCUAUCGAAGACAUUCUGGCUAUCAAAGAUUUACGGGAGAUGAAGUCUAAAGACUUGAGAGGCAUAGCCGGGAAGUUACUGGGACUUCCAGAGGAUGGCGAAACUACGAACGGCAUUCGAAGCCCCAUAGAGGAGGCUGCGAGCGAAUGCGGAAAUUCCUAUCGUGAUAUUGUGGAGAUAUGUCUCGAGGCUAAUGAGGUAGAGAAGCCGGCGUACACGGGAGAGUCCUCUACCUCGAUUAAGUCUAGAUUGAGGAUGAUGUUCAGGGAACAGGUCACGGAAAAACUGCGGUUGAUGAAAGAAGUGUUGAGCAGCUCAAAAUGAAUAAUCUUGUUUUCUCAAUCGUCACAUAGGUAGGUAGCCUCAUAAGCAACAGAAGGUAUGGGUUCACAACGUCAAUCAUGCCAUAUGAUAAAGAGAUUAGUGACAAACUAGUAGAAUUAUAUUUCGGCGAGUAGGGCAAGUGAUUUCACCUGGGUUAUUCGAGUUGCCCGUCUGUACAAAUACAUGAGUCACCAUGAAUGGCGAUGGAAGGUAGUUUGGAAUACUAAGAUGACCGGAUCAACCUUCAUGGCUCAUGGAACGAUAGUGGCUCAAUAUCGACCCGAAAAAGCGCUAAAAGAGGGUACAUACAAUAUUUUAGCUUACACUGUAGUAUUGUUUCUCGAAACUGGAAGAUAUUCCUUUGUUCCUUCUGAGAGAAGUGGGUGGUCUUAUAGAUCCUCAUAACGGUGACUUGAAGAGCAGCGAUCACUAAGG